AUGGCCGGCACGGCGGUGACACCGCCUCCCGCGGCCGGAAUUCCAGUGACCGACGGCUCAGCCGCCCUGAAAUCCAGCUUGAGCGCGUCGGACUGGAACUCGUUCCGCAUGUCUGCCGUCAUGGACCGUUUACUAGCUCAUAUUUACGGCAACCGCAAGAGCGAGACCGUCGAAUUCCUAAACCUAUGCCUUUCCCUCGCUAGAAGUAUUGAUUUUGCCAUUGGAAAUAAUGAGGUUCCAAGCAGAUCUCCAGAUCUGCCUUCAUUAGUAAAGAAGGUAGUAUGCCAAUAUAAAACUGACAGCGUCCUGCAAGCAUCAAUAAUGGUCCUGAUGAUUUCUGUCAAGAGUGCUUGUCAAACUGGGUGGUUUUCUGUAGCUGAUUCUGAUGAGCUUAGCAAUCUGACGAAGGAGAUUGAAACCAAUUUUUGCAGCGUAUCAAACUGUAACAAUCAGCCAGAUCAUCAUCUUUCUAUCAUCUCCACAAUCAUGUCAAGAUUCUACCCAAGAAUAAAAUUGGGUCAUAUUUUAGCUCUUCUUGAAGUCAAGCCUGGAUACGAUGCAUAUGUGAAGGACUUCCAGAUUUCAAAAAAUAUAAGUACCUCUCCCCAAGAUAAAAUAAGGUUACUUGUCGUUCAAACUGAUAAUACUGAGACUUCGGCCUGUCUUGUCAGUCCUGCCAAAGUAAACUUCCUCUUGAACGGAAGGGGAGUGGAGAGGAGAACUAAUCAUUCCCUGGAUACUGGGCCACAAAUCCCAACUAUUGUUAAUAAUUUGUUGAAAUAUGGAACGAAUCUCCUUCAGGCUGUUGGUGAAUUUAAUGGAAACUAUUGUAUAGCCGUUGCUUUCACGAGUGAGGUGCCAAAUCCUGAUAAUAACACACUCCAAGAUUACGAGCAGCAUGCUCCUGCAACUGUUGAUGCAGAUUCGGAAAUAAUUGUGGGGCCUUCGCGAAUCUCGUUAAAUUGUCCUAUAAGCUUCAAGAAAAUCAAGACACCUGUAAAAGGACAUUCAUGCAAGCAUAUUCAGUGUUUUGAUUUCGACAAUUACGUGGACAUAAAUUCACGAAGACCUUCCUGGCGCUGCCCGCACUGCAAUCAACACGUCUCCUUCACCGAUAUCCGCAUCGACCAGAAGAUGUUCAAGAUUUUAAAAGAGGCCGGGUCCCAUGUCUCUAACGUGACCAUCUCCUCUGACGGCUCAUGGAGCGCCACCACAGCCGAAACUGACGACACCACUCAAAAACCGAACGAUGUGGCCCCGAACCUGGGCCGGGGUGAGUCCCCGCCGGGGCCCGCUGACAUACUCGACCUCACGGAGAUUGAUGAUGUCAUGAGCGAAGUCACCCCUUCGGAAGCCGAGGACGCAAAGCAUCUCCUGACGGCUGCACAAAACUCGAUGUCCCGGGCUUGUCAAGGCAGCAGCACCCAAGAUGACUUCUGGUCAGCAGUGUUCCUCUCGACUUUUGGGGAUGUCCCGUCUAAUGCGAGACCAAGUAGUCUUAACGUCUCGACUUCAGUUAGUGAAGGUGCUUUCAACGCAAUCUCUGGGCCGUCGCCAAAUGGGACGCCUUCACCGAAUGCGCCGCAAAUGCAGCAGUUCCAAUUCGGGAAUACGAAUGAGUCCGGGAGGAUAUCAACACUGCCACCCAGGAACGUGACGCGGGUCCCAGUUGGUGUUCAGGCUCUUCCUGUUCAGACCCAAUCGUCGGCACGGAGCUGCUAUACUAACAGUGGAAAUAUUAUGACCACUAAUAAUCGUCCAGUAGCUUCGCAGGUUUCUCCCAAUUAUUCGACGGCACCUCUAUCACAUAUACGUCAGGGCUUGCCAGUUUCUUCGUCUCCAUCGAUGCAGCAUUCAGCUGUACAGCGAAAUUAUUCGUUCCCAUCUGCCGAACCACAACGAAGCAGUACUGGUUUCCAGGCCCCAAAUGCAUACGUACAACAACCAUCCUCUCAGGCUUCCUUUCUGCGUCAACCGAUCACUACCCAACAUUCUCAGCUCAUUGCAGCUGCAAACCGAGCCGUACAAAUGUCCUUCGAGCCAAUGAGACCCGUGCCCACCUCUUACAGCACCAUCACAUCCCCAAGGGACCAAAUGGGCAGCCAGCCGUUCGCGGGACCCGAUGGCCACAACCUGGCCGCCGAGAUGAGCUGGCGGCCCGUGGCCCGGAUGCGUGGGGCUCUUUCCGGGCAAGCCUACACGGAGGCGUACAACCAGGCCAUGAGCCGCCCAGUUCAGCCGGUGGCUCAAGGUGUUAGGCCGGUCCCGAAUGUGACCUCCAUGCUGGACCCACCGCCAGGCUACGUGGCGGGUGGUGGUGCUGUUCAGGGUGUGGCAGCUGGCACUGUUCAGAGUGUUCCGACUCAGAAUCAUGUGUCGUCUGGUACAGGAGGAUCAAGUGGAGGGCCCGUGGGUUCGGGUGUUGGGCCCGGAGGGUCGUCUGGAAUGGGUUGA